AUGAAUCAAUCACCUCAUCCUGAAGCGUUGGAAAAUGCUACUGCAUACAUCAACGGACGCAUUUAUACCGUCAAUGACGCCCAACCAUGGGCGGAGGCCUUCAUCGUUUCGGAAGCUGGCUUCUUCACUGCCGUCGGCACAACGGAGACGAUUCUGAGCCAGGCCCGCCAGAACAAGAUGGUUGUCUAUGACUUGAAGAAUCAGUUCAUCAUGCCGGGCAUCCAUGACGCUCACGCGCAUCUCCUGAUGGCUGGUCUGAUGCAGCUUAGCAUUGUGAACCUUCGAAACGGGGAAGAUCUCGUGACGAGCUCGGAAGCCGUCAAGAGAUUGAAGGGCAGUUCUUGCAACUGUAGCUAUGCACAUGCUUUCCACGAUUGGCUUCUCGGGGAUACCUUUGGCAUAGAAAACUACGACCGCUCCUCCAUCGACGAAGCGUUUCCAGACACGCCGGUGGUCAUCCAAGCGGGCGCCGGACACAGCCUGCUCCUCAACACGGCCGCGCUCACGCAGUCCGGCUACGACGUGGACAACGAGCCCCCCGCCAAGGGCUCCUUCUUCGCGCGCCGCGGCGACGGCAGCCUCACCGGCGAGGUGGGCGAGCUCGCCAUGACCAAGGCGAUGCUGGCCUGCCCCAAGCCUAGCCUGGCGCACGUCAAGCGCGCGCUGCGGCACGCCGCGCGGCGGCUGCACAGGGCCGGCGUCACGUCCUGCCAGGAGGCUGCGUCCAACACGCUCAUGGUGGAGGCGUUUCGGCAGCUGGAUGGGAAGAACGACCUCAAGCUGGACGUGUACACGCACAUCGUCUACGCGCCGGAGUACAUUGCGCAGGAGCCCGCGGAGACGCUGCACCGGCUGCUGGACAAGGCGGCGACGCUGAAGUCGGAGCACGUGAAUACGAGGUUUGUCAAGAUGAUGCUGGACGGCGUCCCGCUGGCGCCGUUCUUCAGCCAGGCGGACCUCGGGGAGAACGGCGGGGUGGAUCCGGAGGACAUUUACGUCGAGGACCUGGAGGAUGUGGUCUCCAAGUACGACAGGAUGGGCAUGACGAUCAAGAUGCACUGCACCGGGCAGGGUUCCACGAGGACGGCGCUGAAUGCCAUCGAAGCGGCGCGGAAGAAGAACCCCAACGGGCCCAGGCACGAGAUUGCCCACUGUUCGGGUGUGCACGACGACGACUACCCCAGAUUCGUCCAACUCAACGCCACCGCCGAAAUGUCCCCCGCCGCGCUCUUCAACCAUACCUUUACCGGCGAGGAGGCCACGCUCAACGCCUGGGACUUUGCCAAGAUGGCCCGCCACGGGGCGCACAUGACCAUCGGCUCCGACUGGGGCGUCCCGGAGGACCCGGACCUGCUGUGGACCGUGGAGAAGCUCGUCGGCGCGGUCGGCGGCGGCGACCGGAGCCGCGGGGCGAAGUUGCUGCUCCGCAUGCUCACCCUCUCCGGGGCCGAGGCGGUGGGCAGCGGGGAAGGGACGGGCAGCAUCGCGGUGGGGAAGCGGGCCAAUUUUAUCGAGCUGGAUCGCGACUUGACGGCGGGCGAGGAGGGCGCUUUUCGUGAGGUCAAGGUGCGCAGGACCUGGUUUGAGGGGGAGUUGGUGUUUGAGGAAUGA